CAGCAGCUUCGACACCACCCCCCAGCGGCCGCACAGGCGCACUGAGCUGACAACUGCCAUUUUGUGGCAGAGGCUACUCUGCUAAAGCGGGAGAGGGAUUAAAACAAACUGCGAAGAAGCCUGCGUUUGUACCAGCAAGUUUAACUUUAUAGCACAGACUCUGUGCUCUCGGCCAAGUUAAACGGGAGGAGAAACACCUAAUAAGAGGUUGACAGUCAGGUCGCAGCCUGAAUCCUCAGCUUGGCAGGGACAGUGAGGUAGCAGACAUCUGAAUCAGCACAGCUCAGGGAUCUCAGCAGCAAUCACAACCCUGCAGACUGCAGCCCAGUGUACAGAAAUCAUGAUAUCAGUCAAUUUAGCCAUGCUGUUCCAGUUCCUGCCCAGCAUGGACGGAGGGCCAACAGAGGGUGUAGGGGUGGUGGAGAUCCCCUCCAAAGACUUCCCCUCCAUCCAGACCGUUCACAGUCAGGAUGCCAUGGUGGCUGACCUCCUCCAGCAGGCUGCAGAGGCUGGAGGUGUGGUGGAGGGACAAGCUGGAGUCAUCCUAGAACAAGGUCAUGGAGAAGCCCAACAUCAGUUGAUGGAAGCAGGGGUGGGGGUUGAUGGUGGAGCUGGGGUUGAAAUGAUGGUUAUGGACUCCCUGGAUCCGACCUUGUUACAGAUGAAGACAGAGGUGAUUGAUGCCACAGUGGGGGGAUCCACAACCACAGUGGGUGUUGUUGGAGGCCACCAAGCCCACCAAGCAACUGUUACAACAGUGGACCAGACACAAAUCAUCACACUUCAGGUGGUCAACAUGGAGGAGCAGGCCGCUCUGGGUUUAGGGGAGUUGCAGCUGGUCCAGGUGCCUGUUUCUGCCACUACAGUUGAAGCGCUGCAGCAAGGCACUUAUGUAGAUACUACAGCUAUGCCAAAGGACGGAGACCCGGUCAUCUGCCACACCCUGCCACUGCCUGAGGGCUUUCAGGUAGUUAAGGUUGGUGCCAAUGGUGAGGUGGAGACAGUGGAGCAGGAGGAAGAGGGAGGAGUUGCCCACCCUGGGGAGGUGGAAGAGGAGGUUGGAAGCCAGCUGCUGGAAGGAGACGAGGAGCCCAUGCAGCCUCCAAACGAAGACCCAGCCUGGGCAAAGGACCCGGACUAUCAGCCUCCAACUGGAGCCAUCAAAAGGUUCAAAAAGGGUAAAAAGAGUCGUCUGCGCUACGCUGAAGGAGAUAAAGACAUGGAUGUCAGUGUGUAUGACUUUGAGGAGGAACAGCAGGAGGGCCUUCUGUCUGAGGUCAACGCUGAGAAAGUGGUGGGCAACAUGAAACCCCCCAAACCCACCAAGAUUAAGAAGAAAGGAGUGAAGAAGACGUUCCAGUGCGAGCUGUGCAGCUACACAUGUCCCCGACGCUCCAACCUGGACAGACACAUGAAGAGCCACACAGACGAGAGACCUCACAAGUGUCACCUGUGUGGAAGAGCUUUCAGGACUGUCACACUGCUGAGGAACCAUCUCAACACACACACUGGAACUCGUCCACACAAGUGCACAGAUUGUGACAUGGCUUUUGUGACGAGUGGAGAGCUGGUUCGUCAUCGUCGCUACAAACACACACAUGAGAAACCCUUUAAAUGCUCCAUGUGUGACUAUGCCAGUGUGGAGGUGAGCAAACUGAAGCGUCAUAUUCGUUCCCACACUGGCGAGCGUCCAUUCCAGUGCAGCCUCUGCAGCUACGCUAGCAGAGACACAUACAAGCUAAAGAGACACAUGAGGACACACUCAGGAGAGAAACCGUACGAGUGCUACAUCUGCCACGCUCGCUUCACCCAGAGUGGAACCAUGAAGAUGCACAUCCUGCAGAAACACACGGAGAAUGUGGCUAAAUUUCACUGCCCACACUGCGACACAGUAAUAGCACGCAAGAGUGACCUGGGCGUUCAUCUCAGAAAGCAGCACUCGUUUAUAGAAACUGGAAAGAAGUGUCGUUACUGUGAUGCUGUUUUCCACGAGCGCUACGCUCUGAUCCAGCACCAGAAGUCUCAUAAGAACGAGAAGAGGUUCAAAUGUGAUAUGUGUGACUACUGCUGCCGCCAGGAGCGCCACAUGGUGAUGCACCGCCGCACUCACACAGGAGAGAAACCGUACGCCUGCAGUCAGUGUGAGAAGACCUUCAGACAGAAGCAGCUGCUCGAUAUGCACUUCAAACGCUACCACGACCCCAACUUUGUUCCCACUGCCUUUGUCUGUCCCAAGUGUAGUAAGACCUUCACUCGCAGGAACACCAUGGCUCGCCACUCUGAGAACUGCAACGGUGAGAUAGAGGAGGCCGAGAAUGGAGCCACAACCCCAAAGAAAGGAAGGAGGGGAAGAAAGAGGAAGAUGAGGAGCAGGAGAGAUGGGGAAGACAGUGAUGAGGAUCAUGCUGACCUAGAUGAUGAUGAAGAAGGGGAGGGUGAGGAGGAAGCAUCACUGUUACAGGAAGAGGAAGAGGGAGAUAGUAUGGAACUGGACCAGGCCCCUGCUGCCAUCCCAGUGCCGGCUCCAGAUGAGCCCCCAGUGAAGAGAAAACGAGGAAGACCCCCAAAGAAUGCCCCAAAACCUCCAACACCCAGCAAGUCUGUCAGAGUGGCUGCCAAGACAACUGCUGCUACUGCUGCCAUCAUCCAGGUGGAGGAUGAGAGCACUGGAGCAGUGGAGAACAUCAUAGUGAAGAAGGAGGACGGAGACAUCUCUGCAGCGGCUACCCUGGAGGAGGGUGUGGCUCUCACCGUGGAGGGGGUGGGGCUAGAUGGCGAGGGGGUAGAGACUGUCGAGCUGGCUGUCAACGAGGAAACAGCGGUCACUGCUGCCAAUGGAGAUCUGACACCAGAGAUGAUCCUGAGCAUGAUGGACCGGUGAACACCCCACACAGACACACAGCCGGACUUUGAGUACAAUUGGCAAAUACACACUAACAUUUCCAAGUCUUUGGCCUUCACCUGAUGAUCCACAUGGCGGCCAUGUUGCCUCCAUGGAAGUUACUGCAAAAAUAACCAUGCACAAAGAAGGGAAGCCACAUGUAAAUACUUCCACACAGCAACUCCACAUCCACACAUUUCAACACACACACACACACACACACACGCACGCACGCUUGAGUAUUCUCCCUCAUCAUAAACAGACGUGGUCUGAGCUAAUGACAGACUUUUCUCUGCUCUUUAACGCUUGUUUCGGUCUGAAUGUCUUCUAAAUGAAUCAUUGUGUAUUUUGCUACUUGUUUCUACCCACAGCCGCUUCCUGUGUCAGUCCCUGCCCACACACUCUGCAGCUAAUGUUCCGCUCCUCUCUGCUCUGCCAAAAGGAGACACUAAAACAUCUACCUUCACUUUUCACUUUGAUUUCCUGCUUGCUCCUCUUGCAACUACUUGACUUCGCUCAUCAAGCCUUCAUAUGUGUAUAUAUAGAAAACUGUAGUAAUCCUUAUGAGGCGUAGUAUAUGGUACCUGUUCUCGGUCACAUGAUGUUUGGAUUCCUUGCCUGUGAAACACCGAACUUGUUACAAUUGUAUUAGUUUUUACAUGGAGGAUUCUUUAACAAGUGGGCCAGUGGGCUCAAGCAGACGGGGUCAAAUGAACAGGAGUCAGCAUCGACUUCCUCUGUUUCACAUCUCUGCUUUCAGCACCCAACAUUGUUCUGACGGAAAGACUGGUGCAAACUACAUGAUUGAAAUAGAUGAUCAUCUAGUUUCCGAUUGCUAACAUGGCUCAAGAUGAAGUUCUAUUUCCUUUUUUUUCUUCUUAAUCACUGUUUGAAAGUAUACUGUAUGACUCUGAUAGCUGAUGUUCUUCCUCCUCCUGUAGAUUGUUCUCCAUCACAUAAACUGAUUGAUCCCUGUCAGUAGGGGAAUCCUCUCAGACCGGCUUCAGUUGCUAAAACUUUGUACUAUGUUGUUGAUUUUGUACAUUCCUUUUAUUUAAACCACAGGGUUAAUGUGGUAUUUUAAGACUUGGGCCCUAUUUAAUCCUUAUUUUGGAAGUUAAAACUUUUAAAUUUGCUCUAGUUGAUUGAUUCAACUGGGAUCUGUGAACCAGAUUGUAUUGACUGUAAUGUAAUCCCCCAAUCAGAGUAUAUACACUAAAAUUGUUGAUUUUUGUUAAUGAUGAGGCAGAUUGUCAACUGAAGUGUCUGACAGUAUCACAGAAAUGACCCCCACAGAGACUGACCUCUUUGCCAGGUGAAGACCCCUUUCUUUAAAGCCAGAAACCGCUUUCACAUCGCACCUUUAAAGGUCUUGUAACAACAAUCACAGCUCGUGGAACGCUUGAACAAACCGUCCCGUGACAUACUGUCCACUGAGGAUUCAUUUGCAGUCAUUACAGCAUGUUUAAUGGCUUCUGGCUGAAGAAAGCCUCCUCCCUGAUUUCACAUUUCUUUUGCACCAGUAAGUCAUUAAGCCCCCCCCCAAAAUGUGUAAAUAAUUGAGCCAACAUUGAAAUGCGUUAAUUUAAAUCAGCAGCUUCAAACACUGCUUUGUCGGAUGAAACCAGCUGCUCUUCAUCCCCCUGUAAAAAAGAAAUAUCAACCAUAACAACUGUGGCAGGUGUCUUGCAUGUAAAUACAUGUUUUAACCCCUCUUGCUUUUGUGAACCUUUUAAAGCUUUUAGCGGCUAAUUUGGAGACGUGUUGGUUCAAACUGAUGAUGAGGUUUUCAUGUCUGGUGCCAUAACGGAUACUCUGGAUCAUCAUGCUUUGUUUCCACACAUGAGCCCCUCUUAACCACCCAAACUGAAUAUUAACCAGGCUGUUUCCUGUUGCUCAUGGCUGUGUUACGUCUCUGCUCUGAUACUGUUCUGAACACUUCUUGAUUCUGGCCAUGUUCUAGCUGCCUUUCUGAGACUGCUCCUUUCUGCGGUUGGCCCGGUCCGGUUUUGAUUUGCUUGUGCCCUAAAGGUGUGAGGAGAGUUUUACCUUAAUAUAUGCUGAAAGACAAAUUAGCUGUCUUGCUCCUUUUUCUAACAGGCUUUUAAUUUUUAUUUGAAGGAUGUCAGGUUUUGGAGGCUGUGUAUUUUGUUGUGCUUUAUAAUGCAUCUUAUUUUGGUAAUCAAGAACAGCUCUGUGAAAAACAAGAAGGACAUUUAUUUGUUCAAGUUGCAAAAGUUCAUCCUUGAUGUCCAAAAAUCACCCAUGAGCUCUGAAGUUUGACUGAUGCUGGUGAAGUUUCCUGUUCUUUUAUUUCAACAAAACAGAUUUUUUUUUGUAUUAAAACGAAUAAGAUGUGAUACAAAUUUGCUGUAAAGAACCACAAACACAGACCUUAAAUAGAAACUAAUGUUCAUCCAUCAAAUGAUCACGUUUUCUAUGAAUCAUUCAGAAAUACUAAACCUGUGACUGUAAAACAAGGAAAAAGAAAAUGUGUCAUCAGUUUAUCAUGUUGAGGCAAUUGAAUGGAAAGAUGUUUGACUGCAGUAAAGUGUUUUUUGGUUUGCACUUCACUUGUUUGUUUCAGCAGAAGAUUUGAGAGAAUAGUUCAAAGAUUGUAUGAAAUGCAUCCCUGUUUUAAAACCAGGAAAACGUUCGUCCUGUCAUUUCUGAAAGUGACACACUGUACAGCUGAUGAAAAAUAAAAUCAUCCUUAUGAGCCCAUGA